AUGCAUUUCUCAAAAGCUGCCAUCACUGCCAUCUUGGCCUUCACCUCAGUACAAGGUUUACCAAUUCAAAAACGCUGUGACACAUGCGGUCUUUCCAAUAAAGAACCUAAGGUUGAAGAGCGCGAUUCUCAAAAAACACCGGUCGUCAAAAUGCGAUUGAGACCUAUAUCAGAUUUUUGUGAGAAAUGUCCACCAAAGGAAUUUUUCGAAGCUGGUGGGGCCGGAUAUGGCAUGACUCCAAAGGGCAUGAUGGGAGAACUUGUUGCUGGCAUGUGCAAUGACCAUUGUGGGACUGCCUAUCCCGAGUCUUACCCAAACAAUCUCCAACCUAGACUUACUAUUUCUCGACCCGAAUCAAACACUACCCGGCCUAGAGCUGUUACUUCCCAAUCCGAAUCAACCACCACCCAACCUGAAAUUACCGCUUCCCAGUCAGAUGAUUACAAAAACAAUAAUUACACUAUCCAAUUUGAAGAUGAUGAUAUCAUUGAGUUCAAGCCUGAAGAGAAGGGCACUUGCACUGCUGCAGGCAUGUUCAACUGUAUUUCUGGAACAUCGUUCCAGCAAUGUGCCAGCGGUACCUGGAGUGCUGCUCAAAAUAUGGCUCCAGGAACUGUUUGUUUAGCUGGAUACGCGUACGAUUUGAACACUGUGGCAGUCGAAAAGAGAACGGUGACCACCCAGGAUAUCCAGAAUUCUACUUCAGAGGAAAUGGACACCAAGGCAGAGAAGAAACCUGCUGAAAAGAGAUUGUGGAUCCAAGUUUUCAAAUGGCAAUUCUUCGGACCCAAACCACCAGUGCACCUUACUCCAGAGGAGCAGAAAGAGAAGGAUAUCGCAGCAGAAGCCAAACAUGCCAAGGAAUUUCAUCAAUAUGGCGGACACGGAGAUCUCAAGAAGGAAGCUGAGGAGAACAAAGCCGCCGAAGAGAAGCACGCCAAAGAAUUUCAUCAAUUUUCCGGUCUCGACAAGGAAGCUGAGAAGAAGAAAGCCGAGGAGAAGAAAGUCUCUGAUGAGAAAUAUGCCAAAGAAUUUCAUCAAUUUGGCGGUAUCAAGAAGGAAGCUGAGAAGAAGAAAGCCAAGGAGGAGGAGAAAAAAGCCCUUGCUUGGGAACUAUUUGGACCCACAAAGGAUGGAGAAAAGCAAGAAUAA